GGACGGGCCUGUGCAGAUGGCGGAGGAGGAGGCCGCGUUGUGACCCAUGGUGGCUCCCGAGUGAGGAGCGGAGCGGGCAGGUCGGGCCGGGGCCAUGGAGCACAUCACCACCCCGAAGGUAGAAAAUGUCAAAUUACUAGAUCGUUAUACCAAUAGGAAGCCAGCAAAUGGGACGUUAUACCUGACAGCUACCCAUCUGAUCUACGUGGAUGCUUCAGCUGAAGUCCGAAAAGAAACCUGGAUUCUACAUCAUCAUAUAGCUACUGUGGAGAAGUUGCCUCUGACCACAUCUGGAUGCCCGUUGCUUAUUCACUGCAAGAACUUCCGUGUGGCACACUUUGUCAUUGGACAUGAACGGGAUUGCCAUGAAGUGUAUACAUCCUUGCUUAAACUUUCACAGCCAGUGAAACCUGAAGAACUUUAUGCAUUUUCUUAUAACCCCAAAAUGCCUAAAGAUAACCGUGAGAUAGGAUGGAAGCUGAUUGAUUUAAAAGUAGAUUAUCAGCGUAUGGGAAUUCCAAAUGACUUCUGGGAAAUAACGGAUGCUAAUAAAGACUAUGAGGUCUGCAACACGUACCCUCCAGAAAUAGUGGUGCCAAAGGCUGCUAGUAAAGCAACUGUGCUUGGAAGUGCAAAGUUCAGAAGCAGAGGGCGCAUCCCAGUGCUUUCCUACCUUUACAAAGAAAACAAUGCUGCCAUAUGUCGCUGUAGCCAGCCUCUCUCUGGGUUCAGUGCUCGCUGUCUGGAGGAUGAACAGAUGCUGCAGGCAAUUAGACAAGCCAACCCGGGGAGUCCCUUCAUGUAUGUUGUAGACACAAGGCCAAAGUUAAAUGCCAUGGCAAACAGAGCUGCUGGUAAGGGUUAUGAGAAUGAAGAUAACUAUGACAACAUUCACUUUAAAUUCAUCGGCAUAGAGAACAUCCACGUGAUGCGGAGCAGCUUGCAGAAACUCUUGGAAGUGUGUGAAACAAAAUCUCCCUCAAUGAGUGACUUCCUUACUGGCCUGGAGAACUCAGGCUGGUUACGGCACAUUAAAGCUAUAAUGGAUGCUGGGGUCUUUCUUGCUAAGGCAGUGAAAGAAGAAAAAGCCAGUGUCUUAGUCCACUGCUCAGAUGGGUGGGAUCGUACAGCUCAAGUCUGUUCACUGGCUAGCCUCCUCUUAGACCCAUUUUAUAGAACAUUUAAAGGACUCAUGGUCUGGCACUUUUUGCUGUUACUCUUCAGAGUAGAACUAGACAAACCAAAAAUGAAUCUAAUGGAUAUAACCAAAAUCUUCUCCAUGCUCCAGCCCAGAGAAAAUGAAGAUGAUGGUGGAGAAAGACAAGAGCUGAACCAAGCAGCGUCCCAGGAUGAUUAUGAAACUCUUGAUGAACUGUUGUGCCAAGACAGAUACAAAACAUUUAUUAACAGCAGAAGUGGUUGGGGGGUACCAGGGACCCCACUUCGCCUGGCAGCUUCAAAGGGCCAUCUGAGAAGUUUAGAAGUUCUCUUGGCCCAUGGAGCAGAAGUAGACAGCCUAGAUGUGAAAGCGCAAACUCCACUAUUCACUGCUGUUAGUAAUGGCCACCUAGAUUGUGUUAAAGCACUAUUGGAGGCAGGGGCCAGUCCUUCUGGCAGCAUCUACAAUAACUCUUCUCCAUUGCUCACGGCCUCUAGAGAUGGAGAUGUCAGCAUUCUGCAAGAACUCUUGGACUAUGGGGCAGAAGUCAAUGUUAAAGCUAGAGUCCCAGAGUGGGCUGCCAACUCUGCAGCUUGUUCUGGCCCUUUAUAUCUCUCAGCGGUCUAUGGACAUCUGGAGUGUUUUAAAAUGCUGCUGCUUUAUGGAGCAGAUCCCAAUUACAACUGCACUGAUCAGAAAAUAAUUGCACGAAUCAAGCAGCCCAAGACUGUGCUUGAAAUCUGCCUGAGACAUGGUUGUGGGAGUGAAUUCACAAAACUGCUCCUUGAUUUUGGAGCCAAUGUGUACUUACCAAGCAUCGCAGGAGAUAAGAUCUCGCCGACUAGUGAGGCAUUGGCGCUGCUGAUCAGGGAAAGAGCUCAUCCAAAAUCCUUGAUGUCUCAGUCGAGGUUGGCUGUCAGGAAGCUUCUGAAACUGACCAACAGCGCAUGUGCCAUAGAUCAGCUGGGGAUCCCACCUGUGCUAGUGAACUACCUCAAACAUCAAUCUUAAGGGAAGAUCAGAGCAACUGUUUUGAAGACAAAGUUCUAUGUAAUGAGUUGACCACCUCGAUAAAGAGCCAUUGUGGAGUAGCAAUUAUGCAGUACAUGGUAGCCAUAAUUCAGUCAUUAUUACUUGCCGUGUGUGUGUUUACUUAAAUUACAUCUCCAAAAGGCAGCUUUGCUUUAUUGGAACAAACCAGACAAACUGGUAAAAGGUGAUAGCAGUAGAUGAAGAUGGAAAAGAACUUGCCUCUAGCAGUGCAUUGAAUGGACUGGAGAAUGUUAGAAAAAAUCUGGUUUAAGUAUUUUAUAUCAUUUUGGUGUUAUACCCUCAUAACUUAGUCCUCUUACACCUUAUUUGUUACAAUCAAAUUCAAAAAAUGUCUGUCUGGCUAUGCCAGAACCUGAAAGGCAAGGCUGGCUUUCUCUCCUCCUUUUAUGGGGGAGAGGACAGGAGGUACAAUAGGGUAAAGAGUGUUGGUCUUUGCUCUGUGUUAUCCGUCUUGCUUUUUUAAAAACACCUCUUUCCUAGAAAGCUAUAAAAGUGCACCUCAGCCCUUUUGAGCUGGGGCUAAAAGCUACAGCUAGACUUGUGAUUUACAUCAGAAUUGUGUGUGGGUGAAUUCAGAGCUGGUGAAGUUUGUCAGAGCACUCU